AUGUCGAGCAAGUUUCGCUCAGUGAAGUCCGAUGACAACGUGGAUUUGAACAAUUGCAUGGAAAUGGGCGGUGAUAUUGGGCUCGGUCUAGGGUAUGUCGAAGUGCCUCGUGGAGAUAGCAUAGAGAAGAAAUACGAACUCGGUCGCACACGAUUUGUAUUAUUACAUGCACCGUUUGCUCUUCUUGAAAAGCAGGCACAACUUCUUUCUGUGAAGCUUCCUGUUCAACAAAGCGAUGUGGAUUUUCGGGACAGAACAUCGCUACCUGGUUUUGUAGACAGUAUUCUUUCUCGCGCUGGUUUAUUUGAUUUCGAUGAGCGUGUGAAGAAAGUACUGGAGGAGCCGGAUUUUUUCACCGCACCCUACUCGAGUGACCGUCGGCAACAAUUUGUUAACUGGGAUCGACCGGAUAUUUUGUUUCCUAAUGCAGAAAGAUCACGAAUGGUCUAUGAUUUGCUCACUCGAGCACAUUAUGAUUCUGUAACGGACAGAGGAAAGCGUACAACUCAGUACCGAUUUGGUAUUGAACGACUGCUAGCCCAAGGAGUAUAUAACGCAGCUUACCCACUGCAUCAGACGAUUCGGGAUCAUCUGCCUAGAGGAGGUGAGGUGUCUCAGCGAGAACUACUCUACAAUCACUGGGUGUCGUGGAGAAAUAUUCUGAAGUAUCAGCCUUUGGACUGCAUAAAAAGAUAUUUUGGCACCAAAGUCGCUUUCUACUUCGCUUGGUUGGGUUACUAUACAAGGUCAUUAUAUACGGCAGCGCUAUUGGGAAUCAUAGCUGUUUUGUUUGGAAUUUGGAACUUGUCCGAGGAUGUAGUCAGCAAUGACAUUUGCGGCAAUGAUGGUGUAGGAGCAACUACCAUAAUAUGCCCUCAAUGUGAUAAUUACUGUGACUUUCAACUUCUGAAGAAUAGCUGUCUUUAUGCAAAGAUGUCGUAUCUCUUUGAUAACGGUAUCACUGUAAUAUUCGCUGCUCUAAUGAGUGUUUGGGCGACGUUUUUCCUCGAAGGCUGGAAAAGAUACCAUGCGGAAAUUGCAUGGAAAUGGGGAUUGCUUGACUUUGUCGUUGAAGAGGACACAGUGCGUCCCGACUUCCAGUUCCGUGUGAAAACUCGUCGAUACAAUCCAGUAACCCAGCAGGAAGAGCCGUAUCUGUCUGGAAAGAAAAAAUUUGCGAAUUUUUGUGCCGGAGGAGUUACAGUUCUUUUCUUCAUGUGUCUCGUUCUUGCUGUUGUAUUCGGAAUGGUCGUUUAUCGAGUGAUUUGUAUGAGACUCUUAGCCAGUAUGGAUAAUCCAACCGUUGAUUCGUAUGCGUUCCUCAUAGUGUCCAGCACGGCGGCCUCCAUUAAUCUGUCCAUUAUAUUGUGCAUGAAUUACUUCUAUAAUUCUCUGGCACAUCGGUUGACACGCUGGGAAUGCCCAAGAACACAGGCAGACUUCGAUAACAGUUACACUUUCAAAGUGUUCCUGUUCCAAUUUGCCAACUACUACUCGUCACUGUUUUACGUUGCGUUCUUCAAAGGAGUCCUUUCGCAAUUACCUGGCACGAAGGAUAACGAUGGCAAUGUAAAAAUUGCAGGAUAUCGGCUAGAGGGAUGCGAUCCAGCUGGCUGCUUUGUUGAGUUGGUAAUUCAGCUCGCUAUUAUUAUGUGUGGAAAACAAUUCUUCUCAGCUCUCGUGGAAUUCGCUUACCCGAAUUUCAUGAGAUUGUUGAGGCGGUGGCAGUUGAUGGUUCCAAUCGUUGAGACCAAAGAGCAGCGUAGGCAACGUAUAAGUGAAGAAACAAAUAAGAAAGCAGGCCACGUGAUGAACAGAUGGGAGGCUGACUAUUAUUUGAACCCUACCUAUGAUCAGUUCUUAUUCGACGAGUAUUUGGAAAUGGUGCUGCAGUUCGGAUUCGUCACAUUGUUUGUGGCAGCAUUCCCAUUAGCUCCUCUGUUUGCGGUUCUCAAUAAUAUUUUCGAAAUCAGGCUCGAUGCCUACAAGUUUCUUCUCACGAUUCAGAAGCCCGUUCCUGCUCAGGCGAAGAACAUCGGUGUGUGGUUGAGCAUCCUGGACAUGAUCAGCAAGUUCACUGUUCCGAUCAAUGCGCUUGUGAUAGCGUUCACGUCGGACUUCAUUCCGAGGACGUUGUACCUCUUAGCUAAUAGUUCAAUGAUUGGCUACGUUGACUCAUCUCUGUCGUACUUUGAUGCUACCGAUUUCGACAUUAAAUCCACGCAAUUCCACAAUGUCACCCAGUGCAGGUAUCGCGGGUUCCGUCGAUCCCCAUGCUCGUUAAUGUCGGAGAGGUGGACGGUAUAUGGCUCGGAAGGAUGUGAUGACAAUUUAGGAUACUCAUUGGUUUGGUGGAAGGUGUUUGCCGCUCGGUUGUUGUUUGUGGUCAUUUUCGAGCAUAUCGUCUUUGUGAUCAAAUUAUUGAUUGAAUAUCUGAUCCCUGAUGUUCCUGCAAGGAUAUUCGUUCAACAGCAACGGGAGAAGUAUCUUGUAAGAAAAGCCUUACUAAGUGAACUCGUGUCAGGGAAGUCAUCAGCAAAUGGGCCUUCGUCUGAGCGAAAAGCGUAG